CUCCUCAUCCUCUCCCUCCCUCCCUCCCCUCCUCUCUCUCUCUCCUCUCUCUCAGUUGUGCUUUUCCAUUCCAUCAUCACAUUCCCACAUUGAAGCUCUCAAAGUUUCACUUCCCCUGCACUUCACCCGGCCGCUCUCUCCUGUGGCCAAUUCCUUUCCCCGGAAAAUGGCAGUCUUUUUGAGCACCAGCCUCCUCCUGUUCCUGUUGGCUCUCACCCCCCUAUCACUAGCCACCAACAUGUCCUCUUCACAGUCGCCCACCACGGACAACUCCACAACAAACCCCACCACAUCAUCCAAAGACCAAGUCGACUGCACAAUGUGCUCUACCUGUGGCCCUUGUGGCAAAGCCCCGCCGGCGCCGGUGCAGCCGGUGCCGCCGUCUCUGCCUCCGCCGACCCCCAGCGGGUCCUCCUACUACCCUCCUCCGCCGCCCGCCCAGCCCUCCUACAAGUACUAUCCCCCGCCUCCGCCAUAUGGGGGAGGGGGAGGCGGAGGCGGAGGUGGGUACUACUACUACCCUCCAUCCAACUACCAGAACUACCCGGGGCCACCGCCACCGAACCCGAUCGUGCCGUAUUUCCCAUUUUUCUUCCACGUUCCUCCUCCCGGUGCUUCCGGCUCUCCUCCUGCAAAUACCCACUUGGCCAUAAGCUCAGCCUUGCUAGGCAAAGUUGGCAUGGCUCUGGUUUUGUUGCUCCUGAUUUGAAGCAGCAGAGUUAUGGGCAGAUCAAGCAAAUUGCAGAUGAGACAAUGUAGUCUGUUUAAGGCUCAGUUGUUUACAGAAAUGCCCUUCUCCCUGGGCCCAGGAUCAUCAAUAACAAGAUGGACGGGAGCAGAGACACAGAGAAGCCACUUGUAUGGGGACUAGUUCCCAGCAAUUACUACUUUCUCCCUGUAUUCUAUCUUCUCUAACAUGAUGUGUAGUGAUGAUCUGCAAUUUGAACAUUAAAUUGUACCUACUUUUGUUUGGCUAUAGAAUUGUGGCAACGUGGCAUAAAGUGAGAGAGAGUGGGUGGUCAUUUUUCUUGGAAUGCGAUCAUGAAAUCCACCCCACUAAGCAAUUUGUAA